AUGCCCAGCGGCGCCGCGGGUGCGGGUGGGCUUGGCGUGAACGCCCCGCGCGGGGCCCGGCACCUGUCGCGGGCGGCGAUGAUCCACUGUCGGUGUGCCAAGUGUUUCUGUUACCCUACAAAGCGAAGAAUAAGGAGGAGACCCCGAAACCUAACCAUCUUGAGCCUCCCUGAAGAUGUGCUCUUUCAUAUCCUGAAAUGGCUUUCUGUCGGGGACAUCCUGGCUGUCCGAGCUGUGCACUCCCACCUGAAGUAUCUGGUGGACAACCACGCCAGCGUGUGGGCAUGUGCCAGCUUCCAGGAGCUGUGGCCUUCUCCAAGGAACCUGAAGCUCUUUGAAAGGGCUGCUGAAAAGGGAAAUUUUGAAGCUGCCGUGAAGCUGGGUAUAGCCUACCUCUACAAUGAAGGCCUGUCUGUGUCUGAUGAAGCGCGUGCAGAAGUAAACGGCCUGAAGGCUUCUCGCUUCUUCAGUCUCGCUGAGCGACUGAAUGUCGGCGCCACGCCCUUCAUCUGGCUCUUCAUCCGCCCUCCGUGGUCGGUGUCUGGAAGCUGCUGCAAAGCCGUGGUUCAUGAGAGCCUCAGGGCCGAGUGCCAGCUGCAGGGAGCGGGUCCUGGUGAGGGACACACGUGGGGCCGGCAUGCCGGACGGUCUGAGCCCCAUAGGACUCACAGAGCAUCCAUACUGCACUGCUUGGGGAGAGUGCUCAGUCUCUUUGAGGUGAGUCGUCUGUCCCGCCCAGACCCUGUGCUAGCUGGUGUGGCCCUGGCCCCCCUGAGCCAGCAGACACUUCCCUAUGCUGAAAAAAGCUUUGCCAAGCUCAUGAUUAAGGAGCCCGCCCUGCAGCAGACUCAGGGACGGUGGAGGCUUCUGGUGACAGGUGCAGCCGCAGGGAGGGACACAGCUCACGUGAGUGAGGCCAGGGAGGAGCCUUGA